AAGUGCUAACUGAUCCCAAAAUCCAGUCAUAAUUGAAUAGAACUCCUGUAUGGUUUUAUCACCCUGACGUGCAGCUCGAAUUUCAUGCUCAAGCUGAUAUCUCUUUGCAAAAUUGAACUGAACAAACAAUGUAGCUAAAUAAUUUCAAGUCUCUUUGGUUAUGUUAAACAGCCAAAUGCACACUAAUGGUCUGAUCAACUGAGUUGUUAAUCUAAGUGAUGAUUUUAGUAUUGUUGACUUCCCAAGUAUUCUAUAAAUCAGCAUAUUUCUUUGCCUUCGAAUCUGUUGGUGCUUGCAAAGCACCACUAACAAAACUCCACAUCUCUUUCCCCAACAAAAAAAUUUUCAUAAACAUAAAACCAAUAUCCAUAAUUUUCACCAUUCAGUCUGAUACUAAUAGCUUGAAGAGAGUUAGAAUGUCCACUUGCCAUAAUGUUAAUAAAACUAAAUUGGCAGCAAAAAUCUAACAACCCAGCAAAUCAAUAAACUACCACUUCCCAAAUUUAACCACAAAACAGCAAUCACAAAAUAGUCAAUGCACUGUGAAGCCAAGAAGAACAAAAUCGAAGAGACCAUCGUGAACAAACAGUCGGUGCACUAUGAAUAGCCAGACAUAGCAAAUGCACAAAAUCAACAAACCAGCACCAAAGAGGAGUAAAAACACACCAAAGAAGAUCGAAAACUUCCAGAUUUAUCGCUGGAAGACCAUCGGAACAGUACCCGUCGGCCAAAAAAUCACCAAAAAUGCAUCAAUAGCACUCCAAGAAGGUUGGUAUGUCAAACCAACCCUCUAUUCAUCUAAUCGGAGCUAUCUGUGAAGGAUCAAAGCCUCCAAUUGCAAGAAAAAAACCUCAAAUCUUCAUAUUUGAAAAAAACUCCCUAUUUUCGCUAAAAUAUUCAAAAAUAGAAAACUCCAUCCAAAUGACUUCAAAAUCAAAAACAAAUCAUACCAUUGAAAUGCCCAUGAAAAAUCGAGUCUAGCAGUGCUCUCCUCGACUGCAGUCUGCAGACGUCAGCCCUUUUUCAGAAAAUCGGCUUCCUCAAAUACUGUGUUCUUCAAAAAAUCUGAUUCUCUGUUCUUCAAAAAUUUUAAGUAUGUAGAAUCGAACAAUGCUCUAAUACCAUGUUAACAUUGAUAAAGGGAAGAAAAGAGAGAGAGAGGUCAAGAAUAAUGUUUAGAGUAAUCCAUUCAGUAAAUCAAUCUUUACACAAAUACACAAUGUAGGCCCUUAUAUAUUAGGGCAACAAAAGAAUGUAAAAUACCUAAUCUACCCAUACUAUAAAUACUCUAACAUAACAUACUUUUUUUGUCAAAUUUUUUCCAGGGAUCUGCAAGGCACAUCAAUGGAGGGACCCAUUCCUUCUACGAUAUCCCAGUUGACAAAUUUAUCUCAGUUGAGGGUAUCUGAUUUGAGUGGAUCAAACAUGCCUUUUCCUGAAUUGCAGUACAUGAAAAACAUGCAAAGACUGAUACUCAGAAAUUGCCUAAUUGUUGGACCACUACCAGUAUACAUAGGAGAAAUGACUAGACUAAAAACUUUAGACCUGAGCUUCAACAGGUUGACUGGUCGAAUCCCAGAUACAUUUCAAAGUUUAAAUCUAGAUCACUUGUUUUUGUCUAAUAACUCACUAACUGGAGAGGUACCCAGUUGGAUAUUGAACAGCAACGUGUACAUUGAUGUAUCUUACAACAAUUUUACACAGUCACCUUCAGUGGGUUGCCAGCCCUCUAGCGUGAAUUUAGUUUCCAGUCAUUCAUCUACAGUGAGCAACUCAGUUGCAUGGUGCUUGCGGAAGGACCUCUCUUGCUCCACGAAACCCCAGCAUCAUUCAUUGUUCAUAAAUUGUGGGGGAAGCACAAUGAACUUUGAGGGUAAUGAAUAUGAAGAGGACUUAACCACAAGAGGCCCAUCAUACUUUUUUGCUUCUUCAGAAAAAUGGGCUUUCAGCAGCUCAGGGGUCUUCAUGGGGAACGACAAUGCUAAUUACAUUGCAUCAAAUCCUUUUGCAUUGAAUGUGACUGGUGCAGACUUUUAUAAAACAGCCCGCCUUGCCCCUAGUUCACUUAAGUACUAUGGCCUCUGCUUGCGGAAGGGUAGUUACAGAGUGCAACUCCACUUUGCUGAAGUAAUGUAUUCAGAUGACAGCACGUUCAGCAGCCUUGGGAGACGCAUUUUUGAUGUAUCAAUCCAAGGGAGUGUAGUUUUGAAGGACUUCAACAUUGCGGAAGAAGCUAGUGGCUUUGGGAAGGGCAUAACCAAGGAGUUUAAUGAUACUUUUGUCAAUGGGAGCACUCUGGAGAUCCAUUUGUACUGGGCAGGGAAGGGAACAACAGCUAUUCCUGACAGAGGUGUAUAUGGACCUCUUAUAUCAGCUAUCACAGUAACACCAAAUUUUGAUCCUGAUACAGGGCUUCUUUCUGUUGGAGCUAUUAUUGGCAUAGUGAUUGCUUCAUGUGUGCUCCUCUUGUUGAUUUUAGCUGUACUCCGAAAGAAAGGGUACCUAGGAGGGAAAGACAUUGUAGAUGAAGAGCUUCGAGGGCUAGAGUUACAAACAGGUUAUUUUACUCUAAGACAGAUCAAGGCUGCCACUAAUAACUUCGACCAUGCAAAUAAGAUUGGUGAAGGAGGGUUCGGGCCUGUUUACAAGGGUGUACUACCAGAUGGUGCGGUAAUUGCUGUUAAGCAGCUCUCCUCCAAAUCUAAGCAAGGAAACCGCGAGUUUGUGAAUGAGAUAGGCAUGAUUUCUGCUUUGCAGCAUCCAAAUCUUGUGAGGCUUUACGGGUGUUGUAUUGAAGGGAACCAAUUGUUGCUAAUAUAUGAGUACUUGGAAAACAAUUGUCUUGCUCGUGCACUUUUUG